AUGGCCACUCAUCCCCAGGCGGCUCCGCCAUUUUACCCAUUGACGGACAAUAACCAUGCUGCCCUCGUGGUGAUAACCGCGAUCAUAUUCUUCAUAUACGCUAUCUUCGGUAUUAUCGGCAAGAUGAUCAUUCGUUUGAACAUCACGUCUAUGAAGGAUUUCGAUAUUCUUCUACUAGCGGCAGCUCUUCUGUAUUUUGUUCAGACAACUUGCGUUAUUGCCGCGUGCAGCAACGGUCUUGGCGAACACCGCGAUGCCAUUUCAGAUGACGACUUUGUCCGUUUCAGCAAGUUGAUGUAUGCAUCACGAAUAUCCGGCAUACUAGUUCAUGCGACGACAAAGGUCUCUCUCGGUCUCCUCAUCAGACAAAUCGAUAGGCAAGGUGGACUAAAUCUUGCCAAUAUGGUACUCGGUGGAGUUGUUAUUGCAUGGGCCGUUUCAGGAGUACUCACCACGGCUUUCCAGUGCUCUCUACCUCAACCUUGGCUCGCAGAAAACAGACAGCAAUGCCCGAACCAAGGUCCAAUCUUUGUCUACAAUGGCAUUAUGAUCAUUAUAACCGAUCUCGCUCUCUGCAUUCUACCAGUCGCUAUGAUGUGGGAGGUUCAGACGUCAAUCCGAAGAAAGAUUAUUGUCAUGGCGCUUUUCGGCACACGACUCAUCGUUCCGAUUAUUACGAUCCCCGAAAUUACACAUGCCCGCUACAUGUUUGGAGACUCGGACGACGCGACCUGGCAGGCUGUAUCGACCAUGAUCUGGGGACAGAUCGCCCUUGGUUUAUCAGUGCUUACAGUCUGUAUCCCUAGUCUGAAGGGUGUCAUCGACAGUCUCCUAGGCUCAACCGCCGUUGCGGCGCUCAAUGCUCCCUACGACCUCAAAGACAGCGGCGACGGGACAGGUCUCGAAAUGACAACCAUAUCAGACUCGAGAACCAGGCAGACCUCGAAGCAGGAUAGUGGUAUGGGCAGUGCGUUACGGAAAGGGUCCAGAGCAAGACACAGCGAACAGCCAACGUGGCGCAGGGACUUGACGACCGAGGUACGGACAGAGAUUGCCAGUGGAAGCGAGAGUGUACGGAAUUUGACAGAAGGUGUCAUGGUGAGCACAGAUUUCGAGGUGUCGUACGAUGAGAGGCAUGCCUCACGGGCUGAUUCUAUGGGCUCUACCGAAGCAGCAUAUCGUAUGCAGAGCAGUUAG